AUGACCUCGUUCUAUCAGGGAUCUCUUCAGGAGGGUAUUGCUGCGGCCGUCAGCGAUGCAAAGGCUGUCAUCUGUUUUGUCCGAGACGAUGAGGAGCUGAGCUCUACAUGGGAGAGCGCUUAUUUUGGAGAUGAUGAGAUUGCGCAAGCAGUCAAUGCCAAAGCAGUCGUGCUGCGCUUGACUGCUGGGUCCCAAGAAGCUGGAUUUCUGGCUUCUUUCUGUCCAGUCUCAAAGUUCCCGACUGUCGUCCUGAUUAAUAACGGCACUCUAAAGGAGUACAUCGGGCCAGAUAUCUCAAAAGAUGACUUUCGCAAUCGAUUGAUUGCAGCUUUGAAUAAUGAUACAUCACCGUCAACUAUGUCACCCCCGGUGAGCAGUGACACCCCUGAGGUCUCAACCAAUUCUCCUGCGCCUGUGCCAGUCAGUCAACCGCAACCUAAGGCGGAAACCAAGCCUAGCAAGCCUACUGGAGCUGCACAGCAAACGAGCCAGGCUGCAGCAAAGAACCCGACGCAGUCUACGAAGCCAUCUCCUAAAGACACAAAAUAUACAGGCCCAUCAAGCUCUGUAUCUCCAGGCCAGAUGUCCACAGAGCCCAAGUUAGACAAAGGCAAAGCCCCGAUGGGAACCAAAAAGCCUACUCCCAAAGUUACCAAAAAGGAGACAGUCCCAGUCGUGGAGCAAAAAGUUAAACCUGCGAAACCCCGAGGACCCCCAUCUGAAUACCGGCUGCAGGUACGCCUGUUUGAUGGAAGAUCAGUGCGAUCUAGCUUUACGCCAACCCAAAGCAUCAAAAAUGAUGUUCGACCUUGGCUUGACCAGCAAAUGGAAGAAGACACCAGACCAUACAACCUCAAGCAAAUCUUGAACCCGCUCCCCAGUGAAACCCUGACUGUGGCCCAAGAGUCUCAAACCCUCCGAGAUCUCGGCAUUGGAUCCACUGCAAACUUGGUCAUGGUUCCCGUGUCAACAUAUACCGAAGCCUAUUCUGCAGCUGGCAGUCUACCUGCCCGUGGUAUCUCUGCUGUCUACGGCUUGGCAUCUUCAGCUGCCUCCACCGCUACGGGUCUGGUGAGCUCGUUCCUCGGAUAUGGCCCUGCCGCGACACCGGAACCCACUCCUGCAUCUGAGCCAACUGGUUCCACGCAGCGUCCAAGAACAUCAGGUCCUAAUAUCAGAACUCUGAGGGAUCAGCAGGAUGGACGUGGUAAUAGCCAACUGUACAAUGGAAACCAGUUGAACUUUGAGCCGCGGAAGAAUCAGGACAAGGAUAAAUGA